ACGGGUUGUGCAAAUUUGUUUCACAAAUACACCGGACUUCAGACAUCUGCGUGAGUCACAUAGCCCAGGUUGGCAGCCUUAUUGCUGAAUAUUUGGGUUCCUGUGCUCUACCAUGCUGCGAACUCAAGUGCCGCGGGUGGUGUGUCUGUUCGUCCUGACCUUCACCGGUUGCUGGGCGGCGGCCACACCCCGUCUCCUGGAGCAACUAGGGGACAUGAUAGUCAAGGUAACUGGACGGGAACCAUGGGCCUACUGGGACUACGGGUGCUGGUGCGGCCCCGGGGGACAGGGGGCGCCCGUGGACGAAACCGACUUUUGCUGCCGUACUCAUGACCACUGUUACGACGCCCUGGACCUCCCACCCUGUAAAUGGGGAGACGCAGAAACGUACCUCGUGCCCUACCAGUUCAACAUCCAGGGUCGAAACGUCACCUGUUUGAACGAGUCCGGGUCCUGCAAGCGGUCCCUGUGUGAGUGUGACAAGGGCCUGGCCACCUGUCUGUCCCGGAGCACCUACGUACCGGCACAUAACCACAUGAACCAGGAUGUUUGCAAAGACAGCGGAGAGGCUGAGAAUGCAGAGAGUGAUGUGGAACCGGAGCAAAAAGGCUGGAAGGACUGGAUUCAUCAGAUGCUUCGGGGGUGAACGACCUUAUAUGACCCCUCGGGCGUUAGCAGGUGACGUCACCAUAUUGGUCGAUCAGACCUGGAGUCACAGUUUCAUGGAUCAUUCACCGCAAAUAUUGUUAUGAUCACGUGAUAUAUAUAAUUACAAAUUAAAGAUUCCGUGCAACUUCCAUGUUUAACUAUCCAACAUAAGUGACGACCUACUCUUGUGUUCACAAAUAAACUAUCUGUAAAUAAAUCAACAGUAUUAACCUAAGCUAUUCAAUUGCGCAGUUGUAAUGACUACCUCAUCAUAUGAUUAUUAUCAUAUUUCAUUUAGAUAUAUAACGUUAUACAUAAAACAAGAUUACAAGUG